AGCGGUGGCGGCGCUGCUGGGCCGGUGGCUGGCGGGCGGCAUGGGGCUGUGAGCCGGCCGGGCAGCGCCCAGGCCCGUGCCCGCCAUGCCAGGCAAAGCCCAGCACUUCCAAGGUCCCCAGGUCAGCUGCUGCGCCAAGUACCUGCUGUUCGCCUCCAAUGUGCUCUUCUGGUUGCUGGGAGCUGCCUUCCUGGCCAUUGGUCUGUGGGCAUGGGCAGAAAAGGGUGUGCUUUCCAAUCUGUCGUCCAUCACAGACUUGGGUGGCUUUGACCCCGUCUGGCUGUUCCUUGUGGUUGGAGGGGUGAUGUUCGUGCUGGGCUUCGCGGGCUGCAUCGGAGCCUUGAGGGAGAAUACGUUCCUCCUCAAGUUUUGGUCUUGCUGUGGUGCUCACGGGCCGAAUGACUGGAACUUCAAUAUCUACUUCAACUGCACUGACUCCAAUCCCAGUCGGGAGCGCUGUGGAGUACCCUUUUCCUGCUGUGUCAAAGAUCCUGCGGAGGAUGUUCUCAACACCCAGUGUGGCUACGAUGUCCGCCUUAAGUUGGAGCUGGAGCAGCAGACCUUCAUCCAUACCAAGGGAUGUGCUGUCCAGUUCGAGAAAUGGCUCCAGGACAACCUCAUUGUGGUGGCUGGGACCUUUGUGGGCAUUGCCCUGCUCCAGAUCUUUGGCAUCUGCUUAGCUCAGAAUCUAGUGAGUGACAUCAAUGCCGUGAAAGCCAACUGGUGACACCAGAACGGGGCCUGUGGCCUCUUCCACAGACUCACAGCGCCCUCUGCAGGACUGAAGCCACAAUCCCAGCCACCACCACUGGGGGGGAUGCUUUGCCAUCAAGCUGCUGGGGGUGUGUAUAUCUAUGUGUGUUUGUGGGGAGCAAAUGCUACCAGGGUUAAUGGCUGCCUGGUGCCCUUCCACAGCUUUCUCUUCUUAGUCGUGGCACGCAUACCAUGUAAGUUGUGGGUGACAAUGUGAAUAGUAUUUAUUCUCUUCAGGGAUCCCUCCACCCCUGGUGUGAUCUGUGGAGCCAGGGAGCUGGCAGCACCUGCAUACCAGAGGCACAUGGAGCCAAACUGAGAUAGAGGCUGCUCUGGAUUCUGUAGGUUGCCUCCGAAAUCCCCUGUUGAUGAGACAUGGCCCUUGUGGCUUUCCAUUAGGAAUUUGGCUGGACUGUUUAUCCUGUCUGGAGCAGCCCCAGUUCUCCUGCCCUCCCUUUCCCUCUACUUGAAAUUUCUGAGCUGCUCACCCAAUGUGGCUCAGGCCUGCUCACUGUCUGGGGAUUGGGACAGGGGAAUGUAAGGCUGGGCUCCCUUGUUCAAAUGGAGAGUGAAUGUUCCUGUCCUAUCCUGGGAUCACAGUGCUAGCCUCUGCUUUUCCUGUCUUGGGAGCUGGGAUCAAGCCAGAAGGGGUUCUACAGGACAAGAUGCUGCUGUACCUUAUUUACCAUAGCAACCCUCCACUGCACCUGCUGGGUUAUUCCUCCUCUUCAAGAUGGGGUGGAAUGUGCCCAGAUGGAGCUGAGCAUGGGGCCAUCCACACUUCCCUACUGAGAGAGAGAGAGUACAGAAAUCUGUGUGAAAGCCACUUUGGGCAAAAAACCUAAAUGUGACACUAUAAAAAAGAGAUGAAAAAAGGCUCUGAACAGAUGGUAAUGCUCAUAUGUGUAUUUGAACGAGAAAGACUAUGUGUAUGUUUGUAUGUGCGUGUGACUAAUUGGAGCAUCCAUUUCCUUGUGUGAGAAAUUGGCAGUCCAUUUGUGGUACUGUUUUUGAUGCAUCUCUUUA